AUGUUAGAUCAAGAGGAAGAAGGAAAACAAAUUGAAGAGCUGCUCUUAGAAAUUUCUGUGUUCCACCUCUUUAAGAGGAGAGACUAGUCCCAAGUCUGACUCAGUUCACUGAAAGUAACUCUCUUCUUAACAUUCUUCUAGCCUUUGGAUAAAACUGGAAGAAGAGGACACUCAAAUUUUUGGUUCUGAAAACUGGAACUAAAACAGAAAGAUGGCAAGCCUGAGGACCAACACUCAAACAGACCCUGAAAUUGAGCUUUUUGUGAAGGCUGGAAGUGAUGGGGAGAGUAUUGGAAACUGUCCAUUUUGCCAACGCCUCUUCAUGAUUCUCUGGCUUAAAGGAGUUAAAUUUAAUGUGACUACUGUUGAUAUGACCAGAAAGCCUGAAGAGUUGAAGGACUUAGCCCCAGGUACCAAUCCUCCCUUCUUGAUAUAUAACAAGGAGUUGAAAACGGACUUUAUUAAAAUCGAAGAGUUUCUAGAGCAAACAUUGGCUCCUCCAAGGUAUCCUCACCUGAGUCCCAAGUACAAGGAAUCCUUUGAUGUGGGCUGCAAUCUCUUUGCCAAGUUCUCUGCAUACAUUAAGAAUACACAAAAGGAGGCAAAUAAGAAUUUUGAAAAAUCUCUGCUCAGAGAGUUUAAGCGUCUGGAUGACUACUUAAACACCCCACUUAUGGAUGAAUUUGAUCCAGACAAUGCUGAGGAACUCAGAGUUUCCAGAAGAUUGUUCUUGGAUGGGGAUCAGCUAACACUGGCUGACUGCAGCUUGUUACCCAAACUGAACAUUAUUAAAGUUGCUGCCAAGAAAUACCGUGACUUUGACAUUCCAGCAGAAUUCUCAGGAGUCUGGCGCUAUCUCCACAAUGCCUAUGCACGUGAAGAAUUUACCCACACAUGCCCUGAAGACAAAGAAAUUGAAAACACCUAUGCAAGUGUGGCUAAACAGAAGAGUUAGAAUAGUUCUUUCAGGAGAAAAAGCUAUAUUUGUUAUUACAUUUCACUUUCUGCUUUAUUAGGAAAAUUUUUUGAAAUAAGAAUAUGAAAAACAAUAUUUGCUCUAUCCAGCCAACUUAUGAAAAAUAACUGUAUUUUCUGUAUAUGAGUAACCAUAAAAAAUCUGUUCAUUCUAUAUCUUACAGAUCUUCACAUUUUCAGUUCAUUUUUAUUUAUUCCCAUGAUAAACCACUGCAAUAUUGAAUGACAUGGAAAGUAUCAAGAUAAUUUUACAUUUUUAUUAGUUUAUUGUGCACAUAAGUUUAUUUCUGACAUGGAUAAUGAAAUCAGAGAGUUAACGUAUCAAAGAAGCAAAUUUUAAAAGAAUUAUUUUUUUAAAUUACUAAAAAGACCAAGACCAAUUGGUCUUAGAACAGAUUCAAAACCUAAAAAUAUGACCACCUCAGAGAUCAGACUGUUUAUAUUAUUGUUAAAUGAGCAAGUAUUUAUUUGAUAAAACAUAAUUUUAAAAAACAAGAUCAGAAGCAAAUAAAUAGCAAAUCUGCAAAGUCAACUGGAUCUUUUAGUCAUAGAAAUAAGGAAACUAAAAGAGUUGGAUGACCAAAAAGUCUUGUUGCUAUUUGUGAAAAGACAAAAUACUCAGUCCUUAAAGGAUGAUCACAAAAUUUUCUAUAGAAUUUUAAAUGUAUUGUUAUUUAGAUUCAUGUUCUAUAUAUCACAUAUUAAAGUACUCUCAAGUCUGGAAACAAAAGCUGAACUUAACUCUUUCUCCUUUAAAGGAGUAACACAAGCAAAAGUAUAUCUCCCAAAAAGGAAACCACAGGUUGGGAACAAUGAUACACAUGUGAAACCCUAGAGACUUGGGAAGCUGAGGCAGGAUGAUAACAAGUUUGAGGGCAGUCUCAACAAUUUAGCAAGACAUGUCUCUAAAUAAAAAAUGAAAAGGGCUGGGGAUGUAGCUCAGUGGUAGAGUACCCCAGGUUUGAUCUCUGGUAAGAAAGGACAGGGGGACACAGUGUUAUAUUCUAGGUUUUGAGUAAAGAAUAGAGUUUAGACAAAAUUUACAUGAAGUAGUAUUUUAAUAGGUUUCAAGAAAAAUAAGACAAUGAGUGAAGAGUUAACACCAGGCAUAGGGUUAGAAAUGACCCAAAA